AUGAAAGAUUGUUUGAUUGUUAGAAAAGAUGAAGAUUAUAUAAAGUUAGAAUAUGACUAUAAUGAUGAUGACAUCUCUAAUGAUAUAAUUAUUAUUCCUGGUUCAGUAUUGAUUCUUGAUUUCAAUAUAUUCAUAAAUGUAAAUCAAUUAAAACCAACAAAUUAUAACAAUUUUUUACAAUUGUUAAUUAAAAGAAUGAAAGGCACAUUAUAUUGGGAAAAAACAUUGGAUUAUGAGGUCAGUUAUAAUAUGAAUCAAGAUACUAACACAUCUUUUAGUUUAGAAUUAAAAUGUAAUAUCUUCCAAAUUUUACAAAUAAAUUCACAACAACUUCAUAAGAUAAAUAUCAAUUUAUAUUGGUUAACAGGAGAUACAGUCUGUAAUAUUGAAGACAUGAUAACCAAAUUCAAUUAUAUGUUAACAUCAUGGUUGUUCAAUAUGGAAUCACAAUUCCCAUUGAUAUUUUGUAGUAUUGGUAGACAAUUUAUCAAAUUGAAUAUGGCAUGGUAUAAACGAUAUUAUUUCGAGGUGUUUGGGACUCAACCACAACAAGAUAAUAUGAUCAAGUUGUUACAGAUGCUUCAGAAGGAUAUAUUAGACAACAAGACCAGUUUAAAGUUGUUGUUGCUGGGUUCACGUAGCCAGGAAUCUUCUCAAUUGCCUGGGCAUUAUUUGAUUAAGUUGAUUGACUCAUAG